UGUGUUACUGUUAUAUAAAAAAAAAACUAAUAUGAGUAAACAAAUCCAAAUUUUGUGUUUUGAAUUCUAAAAAAUUCACGGACGUGUUUUUUAUUCUGAGUGUAAUGAAGUGAAUUGUUAGAGUUUCAGCCUAAAAUGCGUAAAGAAAAAUACUAAUAGGAAUCAAUAUAUUGUACAUUUUGGAGUUUUUUAAUAGGUUACGUUCAGACACGAUAGACGAUGUUUUCAAGACAAGAACAGUUGUCUGAAAUACAGAGCUUUAUUAAAGAUGUUGAUAAAGAAGUAACAAUGAUAUUACAAAGUCUGCAAUGGGAUAGAAAACUAUUAUUGCAGGCAAAACCAAAGGAAACAUGUAAAUAUAAUGUAAACCAUAAAAUUCCACCUGUGAGCCUGGAGGAGCAUGAAGAGAAAUGUGUUUUGAAGUGUCAGGGCUAUGCACCUGAUGAUGUCUUCCUGCCUGAUGUGUUUGACCCUAAUUCCAGUACAGUUAUAAAACUUUCAUCUGAAAAUAUUCAGGAUGUCAUCAACUAUGCUUCUAAGACUGAUCCAUUAUUUAAAAGAGGUAAUGGGACCGUGACAUGUGAGCCGCUGACUCUGGCCCGGCUCCAGGCAACUUACACAGCGGACGAGAGAAGAGCCAUCUAUGAUGUAGUCAUCAGCUCCAGGCCUGCGUGCGACGAGCUCUCUGACUUGGCAUUAGGAGAUAUGGGCGCAGCAUCUCAGGGAGAGAGCAAGCACAAGUCGAAGGUGGAGCGGCUGGCCGAGCUGCGCGACAUGCGGCGCCGGCGCACCAAGUACAGGGUGGCCGCGCGCUCGCGCAACUACUCGCACACGCUGCGCGGGCUCAUCGACACGCAGAUGGAGAUGUACGCUGAAGCACAAGGUCACACUAAAUCACACGACAAAAUAGAUUGUAACGUUGCAAAUGUUACAGAAAAACCGCAAAGUAAAAGUUUGGACACAUCAUCUGAUAACAAUACAACUAAACACCGAGGGACUGAAGAAAGGAGUAAACACGAUAGAAGAUAUCAUUACAGUGAAACUGAGAACAGAAGAAAACGCGAUUAUGAAGAACAUAGAAGGUCGCGAAACUUUGAAAAAGAUAGAUAUCGAACUACAACAGAAGAUAGGGAAACUCGCGUUGAUCAAAGACAUAAAAGGCAAAAACAUAAUAGGGACUCUUGUAGAGAAGAAAUAGAUGCAAAUCAUAAAAAUAGAAAUAUUAAGGCAGAAAGAGUUAGUGAGAGUAGAAUAUGCAGUCCAAGGUAUUCUGAAAAUGAAUCGGAGGUGCGAUAUACCAAAGAUAAACAUGUCAAUUACGUUAAGAAUGAAAACAAUAGCCAUGACAGAACUAAAAAUCAAAGAUCUCGCGAAUAUGACACGCAAGAACGAUAUAGCAGAGAUAAAGGUGUAAUUUACAAUAAAGAGGAAAGAGACUACAGUUCUAAUUCACGAGACAUUCAGAAAUAUUCUGAAAGCAAGAAGGAGGAGCGAUAUUACAAAGAUAAAGAUAGAAAUUAUAGCAAGGAAAAAAAGGAAAUACAUAGUUUCCAUUCAAGGGAUAGAAAACGCGAGAGAGAUAGAGAUGAGCGAUAUAACAGAACUAAAGAUAGAUAUGGUUACAGAAAUGACAGGUCAGAGUGAAAAUAUGAAGAUUAUAAGAAAUCAAUAUCUAAGCUUGGAGUAAAAAGAAUCAACAUUUAAUGCUGUCAGAGAUAUCUGUACUAAAAAGGUGGUAGUGUUGAAAAUUAUAGUUACUAUUGUUAAGAAAAACAUUUAUUUUAAGUAAUAAAUAUUGGCUUAUU